AUGGAGUCCGUCGCUCUCUCCCGCAUUGGUCUCGCCGGUCUCGCCGUCAUGGGCCAGAACCUCGCCCUGAACAUCGCCGAGAAAGGAUUCCCGAUCUCCGUCUACAACCGAACCACCUCAAAAGUCGACGAAACCUUAGAUCGUGCCGCCGCAGAAGGGAAACUCCCAGUGGCAGGGCAAUACUCCCCUCGCGAUUUCGUGCUCUCGAUUCAGAAGCCUAGAUCCGUCAUCAUCCUCGUCAAAGCCGGAGCCCCCGUUGACCAGACCAUCGCCGCGCUCUCCGAAUACAUGGAGCCCGGCGAUUGCAUCAUCGACGGCGGAAACGAGUGGUAUCAGAACACGGAGCGACGAAUCGUGGAGGCGGAGCAGAAAGGAUUGCUGUAUUUGGGUAUGGGAGUGUCCGGUGGCGAGGAAGGAGCUCGUAACGGCCCCUCGCUCAUGCCAGGUGGAUCUCUCCAGGCGUAUAACAACGUCAAGGACAUUCUCGGGAAAGUCGCUGCUCAAGUCGAGGAUGGUCCUUGCGUGACUUACAUCGGAGAAGGCGGAUCCGGGAAUUUCGUGAAAAUGGUUCACAACGGGAUCGAAUACGGCGAUAUGCAGCUGAUUUCGGAGGCUUACGACGUGUUGAAGAACGUCGGAGGUCUGAGCAACGACGAGCUCGCGGAGAUCUUCACGGAGUGGAACCGAGGUGAGCUCGAGAGCUUCUUGGUUGAGAUUACGUCUGAUAUAUUUAGGGUUAAGGAUGAUUACGGUGAUGGAGAGCUGGUGGAUAAGAUUCUGGAUAAGACUGGCAUGAAAGGUACCGGGAAAUGGACUGUUCAGCAGGCGGCUGAGCUCUCUGUGGCGGCGCCGACAAUCGCUGCGUCGUUGGACUGUAGGUACUUGAGUGGAUUGAAGGAUGAGAGGGAGAAUGCAGCCAGAGUGCUGGAAGAAGCUGGACUGAAGGAGGAGAUUGGCUCUGCAUCGCAUGGGGUUGAUAAGAAGAGGUUAAUUGAUGAUGUGAGGCAGGCUUUGUACGCUUCUAAGAUAUGCAGUUAUGCUCAGGGGAUGAAUCUGCUUAGGGCUAAGAGCUUGGAGAAAGGUUGGAACUUGGAUCUUGGUGAGAUGGCUAGGAUCUGGAAAGGCGGGUGUAUCAUCAGGGCGGUUUUCUUGGACAGGAUCAAGAAGGCUUACCAGAGAAACUCGAAUCUGGCGAAUCUAGUGGUUGAUCCUGAUUUUGCUAAGGAGAUGGUUCAGAGGCAAGCUGCGUGGAGGAGAGUGGUGGGUUUGGCCAUCUCUGCUGGGAUAAGCACGCCGGGAAUGUGCGCGAGUCUUGCCUACUUUGACACUUACAGGCGUGCGAGAUUACCUGCGAAUCUGGUUCAGGCGCAGAGGGAUCUCUUUGGAGCUCAUACUUAUGAGAGAACAGAUCGUCCUGGUGCGUACCACACUGAGUGGACUAAGCUUGCAAGGAAGAGCAAUUAG